AUGGUCGCAGCAACGAAACACCAGCGCAAAGUCCUCCUGGAUGAGUUUGCAUGGAAGUACCGGGACGCGCACUUGUUUGAGACCGCCGUCGACUUGAACGACGACUUGGGAUCGUCUGCGGGUCUGUAUCUGUCUCGCAUUCAGUCGUGGCUCCGACGCAACUGCGCCGACGGCGCCGGACUGGCCCAGCACAUCCAUGCCAUGGCCGUCUUCUUGCGUGGCCCCAUUCUCCAAGAGUUUAUCGACGUACGCAUGCAAUCCCCGAGCUCCAUUUUUGGCAAACCUCUCAUGCAGAUGGAAGGCGUUCCUUUGUUGCUUUACGUGUUGUCGUUUCCUCCGCAAGCUGUCAGCGAUGCCGACUGCGCCGCCGUGAUCCACCUGCUGCAAACAUCGGGGCGGUGCGGACGGGCGUUCAAGGAGUACAUCAGUCACUGUGGCGGGGAGCGCAGCGUCGUGCAGUGCUGCCUGGCUCGAAGCCCACAAGUGUCGUGCGAGAGUGUGCUGUGGCUGACGAGCCUCGCGAUGCUGCUGGAGCAAUGCUGCGGGAACCCCAACUCCACCCAGGCGACAUUCGCGGCGCUCCAUCUUUUGUUUGAUAGCGAUCACGUCAACAUGAUUCGCAUGGCGUCGCAGAUUGUGCGCGAGCUUGUGGCCACUACGUCACCACACUACGACGCCCGCGUGGCGGAGCGCAUUUGGGACCUCGUACCCACGGCCAUGACCCUACUGACCCACGAGAGCUGCAAAGUGCAGUUCGAAGCCCUUGAGCUUGUCUACGUUUUGGUGCAAAACUCUCCCAAGCACUUCCAACGCGAAUACAGUCGCGGGGCCGCACAAGUGAUUGUGAAGAUCCCAACUCGGUCCCAUGUCGGGGGGAUUUUGGGAGUUCAAAACAUUUUGAUUCAACAGGUUCUCUCCAAUUCAACUAGUGAAUCCAGGCAGAUCAUUCCAGCGAACGACCUGUUUGAUUCUCACAAGAUGCACUUACACAACAUAUACACUUGGUAA